AUGAAUCCAUACAUUCGCAAUGUGGAAUACGCUGUUCGCGGAAAAUUGGCUAUUCGUUCAGACCAGAUUCGUGAGGAUCUGGAAGCUGGCGUUGGAGAAUUCCCCUUCAAGACAGUGGUCAACUGUAACAUUGGUAACCCUCAGCAGCUUAACCAGAAGCCCAUUACAUUUUUCCGUCAGGUGGCGUCGUUAUGCGAGAAUCCCGAACUUCUUAGUGAAGACAAGGCACAUUUGGUGUCCCAGUUAUACCCAGCGGAUGCUAUUGCGCGUGCGAAAAAGUUGCUGGCAAUGAUCGGACCUAGCAUUGGUGCGUAUUCCCACUCGCAAGGUGUGCCUGGUAUCCGACAGACGGUGGCUCGGUUUUUGGAGGAACGUGAUGGUCAUCCUGCGGAUCCCAGCACCAUCUACUUGACGCAGGGCGCUUCGUCAGGAGUCCAGACUCUGUUGACGUUGCUCACCCAAAAUGACAAGACCGGUAUCUUGAUUCCCAUUCCACAAUAUCCUUUGUACAGUGCUACCCUUUCGCUGGUCGGAGCCACGCCUGUGCCUUAUUACCUUGAUGAAGAGUCCGGUUGGUCCCUGGAUAUCGAUAAUUUGAAAACCAUUGUCCGUGAAGCUCGUGAUCAAGGCGUGGAUGUCCGAGCCCUCGUGAUUAUCAACCCUGGCAACCCGACUGGUCAGUGCUUGGAUUCCGACAACAUGAGAGACAUUUUAACUUUCUGCCACGAACAACGCUUGGUGUUGCUGGCCGAUGAGGUGUAUCAGACCAAUAUUUACGAGCCUGAAUGCCGGCCAUUCAUCAGUUUCAAGAAGGCAAUGAUGGAACAUCCCAACAAGAAGAUCGCACAACAGCUGGAGCUUGUCUCUUUCCACUCGAUCAGUAAAGGCAUGAUUGGUGAAUGUGGACGUCGUGGUGGCUACUUUGAGCUGUGCAAUUUUGAUUACAAGGUGGAAGAGCAGAUCUACAAGAUGGCGUCAGUAUCGUUGUGUCCCAAUGUGCAUGGACAAAUUUUGGUCGAUCUCAUGUGCGGACCUCCACGCCAAGGCGACCCAUCUUACGAAUCCUAUCAUGCCGAGGUUCGGGAAAUUUACGAAUCUCUCCGUCGACGAUCUAAGAAACUGGAGAAGGCUUUCAAUAGCAUGGAAGGUGUGACGUGCCAACCUGCUUUAGGAUCCAUGUACCUGUUUCCGCGUAUCCGAUUACCCGAGAAAGCAAUUGCCAAAGCCAAACAACUGGGGAUGGCGCCUGAUGCUUUUUACUGCCACGAAAUGCUCGAAGCGACCGGUGUUUGUGUUGUGCCUGGAUCUGGCUUUGGACAAGAACAUGGAACAUGGCAUUUCCGAUCGACUUUCUUGCCUCCCGAACACUUGUUCGAUGACUUUUGCUCCAACCUCCAAAGAUUCCAUGACAACUUCCUCAAAGAAAAUAGUUAA